AUGCAUCAUCUAUGGAGGAGCAAGCAUGCUACGAAUGUGAAUUGCACUACUCUAUGGUUUGAAGCUCGGGAUUUUCGCUUUGGCUGGAUGGUGUCUCGCAAGGGUGGAGGUAGGUGGGGAAUGUUAUAUGAAGAUAGCCAUGAUCUCAACAAAACAAUGCAGCCGCCUGCUAUUAUUCCUGAGAAGAAGAGGGUGUCUUCUACUGUGGGCAGAGUGUCCAAGGAACAGGCUUUACAUCUUAUCUUAUCUAAGAAUAAUUUAUGA